AUGCUCUUUGGAAUAAUUGCUUUAGUGUGCUUAAUUUUUUCCCUCGCAAAUGGCGAAACACCACAACCUGGAGGAUGUGGCUUUGGGUAUGAAAUAAUACUUGCAAAGCUGGAAUCGAUCGAACAAAGGUUAGUAGCUUUAGAGGCAAAAUGGGAAAAUACGUCCCCAAAAAAGGUUGAAACAGAGCUGUCACAUUCCAUUCAAAAUGAGCAUCAAGCAACCUUAUUGCCAGCUACAAAGUAUUCAGCGCCGGAAUCGUCCCACGUCCAAACUACCGAGCGCAUGCCCGAUGCGUCACCUAAACCCCUGAAACCUCCAUCAUCUAAGUACCCACUAGGUGUGGAACCAUCGGCGGAACAACUCGCUCUAGGUGAGGACAAUAUAUACAGCUCAUGCCGUGAGGUCCCAUCGCGGGUCAGCGGCAAAUUUCUUAUCAGAAUUUCGGAGGAAGCGCAACCUAUCAACUUGCUGUGCGACAUGCAAUCUAUUGACGCUGGCUGGAUCGUGGUGCAGAAUCGUUUCAACGGUUCCGAAUCGUUCUAUCGCAAGUGGGCAGAUUACGAGUCCGGUUUCGGUAGUCUGGAUGGAGAGUUUUGGCUGGGUUUGGAGCGAAUUAGCUUGCUGGUGAACAAUGGUCAGAAAUGGGAGAUUAUGGUCUGGUUGAAGAAUUUCCAAGGGAUGAUCCUCUACACAAAGUAUAACAAAUUUGUGCUCGGUAAUGCGACGGAUGAAUACAGGCUGAAGGAAAUAAGAAGUUACUUGGGCAAUGGAGGUGACUCGUUAGGCAAACAUGAAGGGAUGAAGUUUACUACCUACGAUCGGGAUAACGAUCCGGUUUCGUACAACUGUGCGAAAAAGCAUCGUGGUGGUUGGUGGUAUCAUCAACAGUGUGUCACCAGCAAUCUUAAUGGUGUGUAUGGAAACACAAACACCGAACAGUCCAACAGUUGGUCAACGAUGAAACCUUAUGGGUACGGUUUGCAAGCCACAAAAAUCAUGAUACGGGAGUUGUUAGGUUGA